GCAUCGUAAGCAUCGGCCUUUGCUCGACUCAAUUUCAAUAUAGCUUCAUCUCCACUACUAUCGCCAACAGCAACAUAUGCAACGCGCUCCGUCAAUCGCCGUCCAUCCGAACUGCGAAAACAGCCCCCGCCCCCUGUCCAGCCCAUGAUGUCCGUCCCAGGUGUAGGCCCGCAGAACAUGCUGCCUCCCAUCGGCAAUGUCACGAGCGCUUCGAAUAUGCUUCCAUUGAUGAAUCCGAGUCCUCCACAGACUGCCGAUCCAAUGCGACAGCUUGCUGCUCCAGCCCCAAAUGCUGGGAUCGGGAACGUGGCUCACGCCGCUGGCGCCCCACCGGGUCGUCCUCCGCAGCCACCACUGGACAACAUGAGAGCCUAUCGAGCGUGUUUGAACUGUCGGAAUCGGAAGAGCAAGUGUGAUUUAGAUAUCAAUGGAGGGAGGCCGCCCUGUCGGAGAUGCCAACGAGAGAACAAAGACUGCAUCCUCGGAGAGAGCCAUCGCGGUGGCCGAAGAGUGAGGAAGAAACCCAAGUUGGAGGGAGAAGAAGGAGCCGCGAACACCCCCGUUACACCAACGAAUCAAGGUUUCUCAUCAUCAAGCGGACCCAGUCCCAAUUACAGCCCUCUCCCAGUUCAACCGCCUCCACAACCGUCUCAGCCCUACCAUAGCAGGUUCGGUAGUCGACAGGAACAAGGCUUCGCAUGGCAGCAUCCUACGUCAACGACGGCUGGUUCGGAUACUGCGAGUGUGUCAAGGCAGACCGAGCAGACGAAUAUCACGACCCCACAAAACCACCAACCAUACCGACAACGUGCGGAAUCGACUAUCAGCCUAAUCGGCAAGCAAGGUGAACGAACAGCAGUUCACGAGGGCAUUGCAUCAGCUGACCUUCAAAAUCCCUCCGAUGCUCUGGAAAUAUUGGCCCAAGUAGCAGACCGCGCAGACGACGGAGAGUCUACCGGAAGUGGGCAACAGACUCCAGGUCAAUCCAAGAACUCGAGAGCGCAACUACGAGGGCAGGACAUAUCCCCCCAGAAAAUGGAUGAUUACUGGAGCUACAAGCCGAUUCAAGACGGCAUGAUCAUUCCAGAGAUGGUCUACUCGUUAUUCCAAAGCUACGAAGAAUUCUUCCAUCCCUUCUUCCCCAUUAUCCCACAGCAAACCUUCGAUCGCAUACGACUUCCAUGGCUCUCAAGAAACGAACCUCAUUUAUUCUCCGCCAUUCUCACCGUUGCCUCCAAAGAUAAUGAACGAGUACAUCAAAUUUGCUAUGAUCAUAUGCAACAACUCAUUUCGAAUAUCCUCGCAGGCGCUGAUGCAAAUGUGGAAGCAGUCGAAGCACUUCUCCUCCUUUCUCAAUGGGUGUCUCACCGUCCUCAAGCCUCGGUCGCCGUUGGUCGUGGAGAAGAAGAUCGGGUAGCUUGGAUGUACAUCGGUACUGCGUUGCGACUGGGAUAUUUCCUCGGCAUUGAUCGAACAUCGUUCAAGAGUGAUUCCCAGGAAGAUCCGGGAUUCAAUCGAAAGCGACUUGUCUGGUCCGCAUGCUAUAUUUGCGAUCGGCAAGUUUCUGUCAGAGUUGGCAAAGGAUUUUGGGCCCGUGGACCUGGCCCGCUUUCUGGAUUGAAAGCGAGUGACUUUCCAACUUUACAACCCCAACCCACCAUGUCGAAUAGCGAUGACUGGGCUUUGAUCUUCCAAGCUAAUCUCGAGUUAACUCAAAUAUUCUCCAAUGUCCACGACAUCCUUUAUUCAUCAAAGGGCCAUAGUUGGAAGGAAAUGCUGGAGGGGAGGUAUGCGAAGUACCUCGAUGACUUUCGGACAAGUAUACGAAGCUGGAAUGACGUUUGGGGGACUCUGAUAUGCUCCUCACGGCUGAAAGCAAGCCUCCUCCUCACCUACGACUACCUCCGCCUCUAUGUCAACGCCUUUGCCUACCAAGCAACCAUUUCCCGCGCUCUCACCUUCCAACGAGAUAGCCAACAUAACCCCAACCGCCCCAUGCCGCUGAUCAAUGCCACCGCCCCCGACGCAAGAUUCAUCUACGAAGCCGUCGAUGCCGCAAAGUCCCUUCUCUCGACAUUCAACAACUUCGUUGAUCCGCAGACACUAACAUACAUGCCGUCUUCAUACUAUCUGUUUAUAAUCUACAGCGCUGUAUUCUUGUACAAGGUAAGUCCCCUCGCCUAUCCAUUCUUUUUUUCUGAUCCCCUAACCUCCCUCUGGUUUGAGCGCUCGUCUAACACCCUCACAGGCACGAUCCACUACCACCAUGACAGAAGAAGAACGCCUCUUCGUCCGCCACAUGAUCCACCAAACCAUCGAGCGCCUGCAAAAAGCCUCCGUAGGCGUAAACCACAUGGGCUCUCGCUACGCCCGCCUUCUGCAACUCCUCUGGCGCAAACCACCAAAACACUCCAAACAGAAUCAGAGUCAGCGGAAUCAAAGCAUUAUCGAUCCGCGCCUCAAUCUGCCGAAUCCCAACGACCCCCCUUCAUCUUCCCAAAAUCAGAAUCAACAGCAGAGCUACGAUCCGAGUGAUCCUAAUAACUUCGCGCAGAAUCUUAAUCAGAUGGGAAUGGGUGGUAAUGGGGGUGCCGGGCAUGGGUUCUCGUGGCUGGACCUUGGCGCCACCUGGAACUUCGCGACGCAGAACGGGAUUGGCGACCACUCCAGCACCGGGAGCGCAGGAGAUUUGGAACCGGAGGCCGGCGGACUUGCGGAACUGAGCCCGUUCGACCUGGGUCUUUUGACGGACUACUCUUUGCUGGACGGCGAGGGUGCGGGGUUGAUUUUCUAAUGUAAAGUUAAUAUGUGGAAAUGUGCGGAGAAAGGGAGAGGGAGGGACAAAAAAGUGGCGGCGAAGGUGUGUGUUGUAGUGAAGGUUGUGG